AAAGAGCACACAGACCAGAUUGUAUCAGCGAAGCAGCGGCUCCGGCAGAGGGAAGAGUAAAUUGGGAUACGCGUUGACCUGUUUUGGUUCUAUCAUUAGAUUUUCGAGAAUAUUUUUAUUUUCCUCUUAGAAGAUAUGAGACGAGUUGUACGACAGAGCAAAUUCCGUCACGUCUUCGGCCAGGCGGUGAAGAAUGACCAAUGCUACGAUGACAUCCGAGUUUCGAGGGUCACAUGGGACAGCUCCUUCUGUGCAGUCAACUCUAAGUUUGUUGCCAUAAUUAUUGAGGCCAGCGGUGGUGGCGCUUUCCUCGUUCUCCCUCUUCACAAGGCGGGACGCAUUGACAAAUCCUACCCCACAGUAUGUGGUCAUACAGGCCCCGUGUUAGACAUUGACUGGUGCCCUCACAAUGACCAGGUCAUUGCCAGCGGCUCUGAGGAUUGCACAGUGAUGGUAUGGCAAAUUCCUGAAAAUGGCCUCGUCACCUCCAUGUCUGAGCCGGUGGUGGUUCUGGAGGGCCACUCGAAGCGUGUUGGCAUCAUCACAUGGCAUCCAACAGCACGCAACGUCCUCCUUAGUGCAGGCUGUGACAACCAGAUAAUCAUCUGGAACGUGGGCACAGGUGAGUCCAUGAUCACUCUAGAGGACAUGCAUCCUGAUGUAAUUUACAGCGUUUGCUGGAACCGCAACGGCAGCCUUAUCGUCAGCGCCUGCAAGGACAAGUCCAUCCGUGUCAUCGAUCCCCGCAAGGAGGCAAUUAUUGCUGAGAAGGAGAAGGCGCACGAGGGCGCUCGACCCAUGAGGGCCAUUUUUCUCUCAGAUGGCAACGUCCUCACAACUGGUUUCAGUCGCAUGAGUGAGAGACAGCUGGCUCUGUGGAACAUACAAAACAUGGAGGAGCCAAUGACUGUCAACGAGAUGGACACCAGCAAUGGAGUGCUGUUGCCUUUCUAUGACCCAGACACCAAUGUUGUUUACCUCUGUGGGAAGGGUGAUAGCAGCAUCCGUUACUUUGAAAUCACAGAUGAAGCCCCAUAUGUUCACUUCCUCAGCACCUUUGCUACCAAGGAGCCGCAGCGGGGCAUGGGCUACAUGCCCAAGAGGGGCCUCGAUGUCAAUAAGUGUGAAAUUGCAAGGUUCUAUAAACUGCAUGAAAGAAAGUGUGAGCCUAUUGUGAUGACUGUACCUAGAAAGUCGGAUCUGUUCCAGGACGACUUGUACCCAGACACAGCUGGACCAGACCCUGCCCUGGAGGCUGAGGAAUGGUUUGAGGGCAAGAAUGGAGACCCCAUCCUCAUCUCCCUCAAGAAUGGCUACGUCCCUGUCAAGAACCGUGAAUUCAAGGUGGUCAAAAAGAACAUUUUGGACAGCAAGGUCACCAAGAACACGGAGAACUCCAGCCCUGCCAACAAGCCUGCCUCCCCGGUUCCUUCGAUUAAAUCCGAAGCAAAGAUGGAGGAGAUCUUGAAAGAAAUCAAAUCUCUCAAGGACCUGAUCAGCAGUCAGGAGAAGCGAAUCAUCAAACUUGAAGAGCAGAUGUCCAAAAUAGCCAUUUAACGACCCUGUGCUCCAACCCACAACAGUUCAGGACGUUCCAUUGUUUGGGGGUGGGGGGUGGGGGGUGGGGGCGGGAGAAGUCACUGCCUAUCUUAAUGACAGUGUGUGUCCGAGUCCUGCCGAGCAACAAUCCCUAGGAACAUUCCAGAUGAACACUUUUUCUUAGUCAGAUCCCAACCCUCAGUUUAACACAGGUGGAAUAAGGACAUGUGGUAAAUUUGGCAGAAAGUACUUUUGCGUUUUUUGUGACAAAGGACUUCAUUUUAUUCUGUGGCAGCCUUUUAUUUUCGCCUAAUUGUGUAUAUAUAUAAAAAAAAAAAACAAAGUCUUAAGUCUUCUUAUUUUAGAAUGAUCAAGAAAAUUCAACACCAGUCCCCAUUUACUUCUGUAUGUUUUUUUAGGUGUCCGUGUUUCAUGUUAGCAUAUCCCAAAAUCAUAAUGUUGCCAAAUCUGAAAUUUUGUUUACACUUAACAGUAUUUUUUCUCUCUCUAAGAAUAUUCAAAAUGCAAAGAACGAAACUUUGUGCAGAAGACUGUUUAUGUAAGGAGGGUAAUUUAAUCACUUGUGCACAAUUAAAUCAAAAUAAGAAAAUUAGAUUUGGUAUGAAAGACUGAUAUUUCGAAUUCUGUAGUUAAGACAUUCCAGUUUGCCACAGUCAACACCCGAACAUUUAGACAUGCCAUUAAUGACAAAUUCUUCCCAGUCUUUGUUGAAGCUGCACAAAUCAACGCCUGCUUUCUGCUAUUAGUUUGGAUUUUUGUUGCUUCCUCUCAUGCUGACUGUGGACAAGGCAGUCCAUGUAAACGUGCAUACCAUUCUACCUUGCUUUAUGAACAUGCACUCUGCACUUAUUGAAGAAAACAUUCCAUUAAUCUCAUUGGCCAAGGGGGAAAAAAAAUUCAAACUUUGUGUAAAUGCGCUACUGUAGUGACUCAGUGAUGGUCGGUUGGUCGUUGUGAUAUUUUAUGAUCUGCACAUGGAAAUUUUCUGCAUUUCCACAGGAGAUGUGCUUCAUUUUCAUGAGAGUUGCAGUCACCAACCCCUGUGCUUGUCGUCUAUGGGCUUGCUUAAUAAACAAAAGUAGUUGAGCUAGUUUUUGCUACUGUUGUCCUUGUAUUAUACUCCACCCCAGAUCUGUAUUUUCCAUACAGUCAGAAAAGUAGAUAUGACAUGACACUAAGUAAUCAGACAUCAACUCAACUAUUUGUAACCAUCUAGUGAUAAAGCUGUAGAUUGUUAAAAAAAAUUGUUCAUAAUGGUCCUUGAAGGCCAAAGAUAUGGACAUGUCUUUGGCCUUUUGGUACCUGUGACUAUGGGUGUUCCAGCAUUUAUUUGAGGGGUUGUGAAGUGGAGUUGGCUUAAGGUCCAUGUAAUAUGGAAAAAUUAAAAUAGUGGAUACCACUUUACUGUUAAUUUUUAACCUGUUUUUGUUCCAGCUGUGCUCAUAUCCCUCUCAGCACUUCCAUGUCUUAUUUCUUAAAUGUUUAUUUCUCUGAUACCCUGAACAAGUGUAUUUGAUAUAAACCCAGGGACCAUUUUAUUGUCCAAUCUCAGUUGUUUGCUCUAAAAAAAGCUCUAUUUUUGAUGUUUUAAAUGUUUCCCAGUGGGAAGCUGAGACGGGUAAUGGUUCAGUCUGUUUUUGCCUUCAUUAAUUGUUACCACUGUAAAGACCUGAAAGUGCCAUAGAGUUGACCCUGGAAGUUUGUAAUGGUGACUGUUCUGUGAGUGGUGUGUGUAGAAAAUGGAAGAUUCGAAGGAUGCCUGGAUUUAAAAUCACUUUGAGGUGCUAUACUUUGUACUAACACCCCCGUUCUUAAAAGUCUGUGUCACCGAGCUGGAUGACACAACAGUUUGUUGAGGGGUUUGUUUUUUUUUUUUGGAGCAUUGAGCCACUGACAUUUUCAUCUCGGUACGGGUAUAAAAACAUCUUUUAAAAAGGAUUUUAAACCAACAAUCUGGCUGAGUUUGUAGCCGUGUAAGUCAGUGUGACCUCAAAAUGCACUUUGAACAGUAAGUUGUAGAAAAAUGGUGGCAGGAAAUCUUCUGAGUGAGAGUCCGACACAAAUUAUACUGCCAUAUUUUGUAGGUCUGACUGCCACUCGAGAUUUUUUCUUUUUUUUUUUUUUUUUUUUUUUUUUUACAGUGUUGGCACGAGAGCAAAGUUUUGAGGCGUAGUAGUUGAUAGCAGUCGAAAGGGACCAUGUAGGUAGAAGAAAUGCGCGGUUGAAAGAUAGAUGUAUGUUUGUAAUUAAGGUCUAGAAAACUGAGUGAAAGCUUUGGAAAUAACGUGAUAAGAUUUUUUUUUUUUUCUUUUUUGUCGUGCUAAAGAGGGUAUUUGGAUGGGUGAUGGGUUUUAAAUGUUUCCCCUGUUUAUGUUCCUUGCACCUUGCCAUAAUGUAUCAUGAGAAAAUCAGAACCUUUGUUACAAAAAUUAAACAAAAUCAGACAAAAACCAACCAGAUAAAGCCUCAUGGAGGUCUGCUCAGCAUUUUUGUUCAUUAUUCUUGCUUCAAGUAUCAAACACUGAUUAUAAGGAAAUUAAUAAAGAAUUUUUAAAAUGG